AUGGUAUCCGUGCAUACUGGCGGUCCAUCAGGCGCCGGCUCUGAUCAUCAUGCCGACAACGACAACCAAAGCGUUGCCAGCGACUUGAGCACAUUGGACUUCAAGAGGGGAGACUUCUCGAUUGAUCUCUUGAAUCUCCUUGAGGCUAUCAACUCCGAGGGCAGUUUUGCAUUCAAUGCAAAAUUGGAUAUACCUUCUAGCUUCGACAUCUCUGUGAAUGAUGUUGGGGCUAUCUCCCUCCCGCUUGGGGAAGCUCAAGCGCGUCAGAUUAUCAAACAGGCACGCCAGGCACCUUAUGGUAAAGGAAGCGAGACUAUUGUCGACACUGCAGUGCGAAAUACGUGGGAAUUAGACCCAGCACAAUUCACAAUUAAUUGGUUGAGAUGGCCCGCUCUUCUCCAACAAGUGUGCCAGAUGGUGGCUGAGAAGAUGGGAAUCAAUACGCCUAUUCGUGCCGAGCUCUACAAAAUGCUGCUCUACGAGAAAGGUGCCAUGUUCAAGGCACACACUGACACCGAAAAGAUCCCAGGCAUGUUUGGUACACUCGUCGUCAAUCUGCCAUCACCACACACUGGUGGCGAUGUCGUUCUCAAGCACUGUGGUGAAAAGGUCAAGUACAGCUCCUCCAAGCGAGAGGCUUCCUGUGCUGCCUGGUACUCGGAUGUACAUCACGAGGUCCUGCCCGUCACCUCGGGCUAUCGCUGGGUUUUGACCUACAACCUUGCUAUUGAUCAGUCUUUGCCGCGUCCAUCUGCUGCUCUCAAACGAUCUGAGCUGCGACCACUCCGCCAUUGCAUCAGACGAUGGCUUGCACGCGAUCCAUCAUCCCGGAAGAACCCAUAUAUAUAUCAUGUACUGGACCACGAGUAUACUGAAGACAGCAUUUCUUUCCGGGCACUUAAAGGACCAGACAUAGCCAGGGUUACGGCUCUUCGACAAGCCUGUAAAGGACUGCCUGUCACAAUCUUUCUCACAUUACUCGAGAGGGAGGACAGAGGUAAUGUGGAAUUUGAUCCCUCAGACCUACAGUAUAACUAUCGGGGCGCGACGGGGGAGUACGAUGACGAGGAUGACGGAGAAUACCAUUGCCUCGAGGAGGUUCUCGAAUCAGAAUACAGACUCAUGACAGUUAGAGAUUUACAGGGUAAAGUUGUUGCUGGGCAGAUGGCCAUUGACGAGGAGAAUAUCACCGACCCCGAUAUUUUCAACGAUAUGUCUCCUGUUAAGGAAGAUUAUGAAGGAUAUAUGGGUAACUAUGCUGUGGCUCUUGUUCCUCACGAGUCGCUUGUCGAUUUCUUCACUCAGUCUGACUCUUCUUAUUACGGUGCAACACACCAGAAGUUUCCUCAAGCCCCGAUUAACUACCUGGCCCAGCAAUGCUUACAGAAGAAUGUGCAGGAACACUUGCUUACUGCAAUGCUGGAUCUUGUUGAGCCAGGGCUGCUUCACAUGGAGAGCAGAGAAACUGAGUUGGAGGACAAGUCCGUGCUGCCAAAUAUCGUCAAUGCCGCCCUACUGCAUCAGGAGUAUCAGCUCGUCACUGAAGUUAUCGCGAAGCUGUUCAAAAUCUUGCCGUCGAACGUGUUUACUUCUCUUAGGCAGUGGAUGAUCAAGUCCGACGGGGAGGACAAGGCUAUGGAGAGGUUCAGCAAAGUCAAAGGAGGGCUAUCCCUUGCUUUGACUAAGCCUUAUAAUCUAAGACUCAAGUUUCAGGUCAUCUCUCACUUGGUUCCUCUACCUCGUGACUUGGCCGCUGAUGCUCUCCCAACGCCUGCGCCCAUCAUGAACUGGGCUCGUGAAAUGUUGCACGCCUUUGUUAAAGGUGAAGGCCCUAGGGAUGUCACGAGACACGAUGGGUCCUCCAUAGUUUCUAUGUCGCUAUACUUCGACGACCCUAUCCUGUUCCUGACGGAGCGUGUCGUACCCAUCUUUGAGAAGAGACUUGCGGCCCCUGCAUUUCGCUUUAGGGUUUUAUCUCAACUAAUGAACUUGAGCACCAACGGCAAGCUUCCUCGCGAAGAAGGGAUAAGACUCUAUCGAACUAUGGCACGGCUUUUGAUCACUUCACAGAACUUUACUUUGCUGCGGGAUGAAAAAUAUGUUGAAGAGGAGGCAAAGAGAACCCGAGUCUCCUGGGUCACUAUACAACCCCAACCCAAACGUGAUAUGGUGACUGCAAUCUCGUGUGAGGUCUUGAAGGACUUCAUCUCCAAGCUUUGCAAAGUCAGCACAGAGUUGGACGAUCUCAAGAAUCAGUUCUUGACCAAAGUCACAUUGCAAGCCAGCAAGCUCCCAGAAGUGGAGCUCUACCGGCUCUGGCUGCCUUUUCUGCAUUCAGUCAUUCCGGUUUUUCAUGAAAAUUCGAUACCUCUUAGCACACAGUCAUGUCAGAAGUUCUUCUCAGCUGUUGUCAAGGCCGUACUUGAUGUUUGUCUUGGCCCACAGCCUCCUAGACCUGCAGACUGGUCACUCUCCAGCGUACCGUGUAACUGCGGAGACUGCGAGCGGGUGAACGAUUUUCUCAACCACCCAACACAAAUGACUGGGAGGUUCCCGAUGAACAAAAGCCGGCGCCAGCAUAUCCACCAACAAGUAGACAGAGCAGGCAUAGGAUGCAAGCACGAAACAAUGCGAAAUACAAACCCCAAUACGUUGGUCAUGACCAAGAAGACUCGGCCUCUGGACGUGGAGCGGCAGCACUGGCAGAAAGUAAGAGUCUAUCUUGUUGAAAAGUUCAGCCAAUUUAAAGGGAGCGAGCUCAGGACGCUGCUCGGCUCGGACUUCGAAAAGAUUGAGAAACUCUGCACUGGGGAGACUGGUCAGCCAAGUUUGUCUCGCCGACCAGCCGCAGGAGAAAAGCGCAGAGUUGAGCAGGCAGCGGAGGUCAUUGACUUGACGAUUGACUAG